UGCAGGGCUGCAGGCUGCCGGGAUCCGAACCCACAACCAGCACCGAGACCUGCUGUUUGCUCAAAGGAAAUACAUGCAGGCUUUAAAAUGACUUGAGAGCAUAAAGGGAGGAUGCUUGGAUUCAUCUGGAUCAAUACACUCAUAAAACUCAUAAUACUUCUUCUUCCACCUCUACAGUUAUUCACCCCAGAAAAACAAACUUAGGUGGACUCAUGGGAAGCUUUAAGGGCCACGCUCUCCCCGGAAGCUUCUUCCUGGUGGCGGGGAUCUGGUGGACGGGGAAGUACUCGCUGUGGAGAGCCUCUCGAAGGAACAAGAACAUCGGUUCCACCCGUCUGGCCAGCAGAACCUCACAGCGCCGCCUGGAGGUCAUCGAGAGCUCCGUCGUUCUCUUCUUCUCUUUUGUUGGGAUGCUGGCGGAGCAGUUUGCGGCCGACGGUCCGAAGCUGCGUCUCUACGACUCAGCGGAGAACCACUGGGAGCAGCUGAUGAACUGGCAGCACGCCACCAUGUACCUGUUCUUCGGCCUCGCUGCCGCCGUGUCCCUGGUGGUUCACACCACCGAGGCCGCUCCACUGGCUCUGGACCGGCUGAUGCUGGCUGUCGCUUUCUUUAAUGAAGGGUUUCUCUUCUUCUACCACCUCCACGGGAGGAGCAUGCUGGACGUCCACGUGCACCAGCUCCUCCUCUUCGCCAUCUUCGGCGGCGCUUUCGUUGCGUUCCUGGAGGUCUUCCACCGCGGGAACAUCGUCCUGGAGCUGCUGCGCUGCACCCUCAUCCUCCUGCAGGGCAGCUGGUUCUGGCAGAUUGGCUUUGUGCUGUACCCGCCGAGGCCCGAGUGGGACCUGAACGACCACAACAACAUGAUGUUCGUCACCAUGUGUUACUCCUGGCACCUCGCCUUCGCCAUGCUCGUCGUGAGCACGCUCUACUGCACCGUCAGCUGUGUCGUUCGCUCCAGACUGAGGAAGACUCCUCCGAUGGAGAUGGGUCUUCUGAAGCCCAGAGACAGAGAUCCAGAGUCAGAGGAUGAGAUUUUAUAAAGAGAGACGACGUUGUGACUCAUGAAUAUAUCACAAUUAAAUCAGGGAUGUUUGCAUUUCAGCAGCAGAACGACUAAAACUGAAGCGUACGGACACUGAAGGGAAGAGGAAAUGUUUUCUGGAUGCUUUGCUUUAGAAUUAUAUCUCUACCUCCGCCUUAAUUAACCAGAUUUAAUCAGCUGUAAACCUCUUUAGCCUUCAAUCAUUGCUAUUUAUUUCAUACUCUUCUUAUACUCAUAUCAUUUGUUUCAUUAUUAAUCUGCACAAACUUUGUGAACAUGAACUCAUGUGUGUCAGCUUUUUAUGGAUUGCAUGCUUUUCUUCAGACUCUCCAAACAUUUAGUAACAGUAACGCCAUCUCCUGGUGGAAACAACUAACCAGUGUGUCUUAUUUUACUUGAACGCAUCUCUUUAAAGUGACUUUGAGGAACUUUAAACUGGUUCUGAACCAGUCUCAGUUUGUCAUAAACCAGUCCACCAUGGACAUAUUUUAAGUGUCUUUUUUUUGUAUCAUAAUGUUGAGUCACACAUGUGAGUCAAACCCAAAUGCCAAAAAUAAGAAUUUAAUGAAAAAUGUUUAAAUGUUUAAAUUUUGCUAU